UGACUAGGCUCAGGUCAUGGGUUACCGACACCGUCCUUUUGAGGGGGAUUGGUUGUGUGGAUUGUUUUCAUCCUAUCACCAUGUCCAACUACGUGGAGGAGAAGAAAAAGGAAUCAUACGAUGGGGAUGUCGACAUUGUCACUACAGAAGAUGAAGAAUACAUCAUGCAGCCCGAGAUCCGCCAGGCUGCUGAAAGGAGGCUUGUGCGGAAACUCGAUUUUCGCCUGCUGCCAACGAUUGUGCUUAUAUUCAUCAUGAACUACAUUGAUCGUGUCGCGAUAACGUCUGCUAGACUGAAGGGUCUAGAGUCGGACCUAGGAUUGACUGACCUCCAGUACUACACAGUUGUUGCGAUCUUAUAUGUAUCUUAUUGCCCAGCACAGAUCCCGUCCAAUAUGCUACUCAACUAUGUAACAAGGCCGACCUUCUACAUCGGUACUUGUGUAGUGCUAUGGGGAGUAACAAGCGCUCUGACUGGGGUAACGCAUAACUUUGCCGGCAUCAUUGCCUGCCGGAUAUUCAUUGGUCUACCAGAGGCGGCUUUUUAUCCGGGUGCAAUGUAUCUACUUUCUCGAUGGUACACUCGAAAGGAAUUGGCAUUCAGGUCUGCUAUCCUGUACUCAGGACUUUUAUUAUCGAAUGCCUUUGGUAGCUUGAUUGCUGCAGGCAUACUCGGCAAUAUGCAAGGUGUACUAGGCAUUGCGGCAUGGAGAUGGCUCUUUUAUAUCGAAGGCGCCAUUACAAUAUUUGUUGGAUUCCAAGCCAUGUGGCUGCUCCCCGAUUAUCCGAACAACACUCGAUGGUUGACGCCAGCGGAGCGCCGAUUGGCACAGGCGCGUCUUGCAGAAGAUGCCGGCGAAGCCGAUCAAGAUUCUGCGGAAGCUUCGGUAUUCGAGGGAUUCAAGAUGGCCAUCAAAGAUCCUAAGGUUCCAGUUUUCAUGUUUAUGUGCUGUUCGCAGUUACUAGGUCUAAGCUUCGUCAACUUCUUCCCAACCCUUACGAGCACCCUCGGAUAUUCGACGACUGUAACUCUUUUAAUGUCUGCUCCUCCGUGGAUCUUUGCUUCUAUCUGCACCCUCAUCGGAGCUUGGCAUGCUGAUAAGACAGGGGAGCGCUUUUUCCAUCAAACGGCUUGGUGGUGGGUGGUGAUGGUCGGUUAUAUCAUUUCCCUGUCGACUAUGGCAACCGCCGGGAGGUACUUUUCCCUGUUUCUGAUGACUACCGGAUACUGCGGUUUUACUCUGACAUUAGUCUGGGUGGCUAACGCGAUUCCACGACCACCUGCAAAACGUUCUGUUGCAAUGGGUUUGGUUAAUGGGUUUGGUAACCUGGGAAACGUAAUGGGUUCGUACAUCUGGAAUUCGAAGUGGAGCCCGCAGUACCAUCAAUCGAUGAUUAUCGCGUUGUGCGCCCUUGCACUAGCAAGUUUCCUUAGUUUUGUGAUCCGUUGGAUGUUAGUCCGCGAAAACAAACAAAUGGAACGCGAGGAGAUGGAUUUGAUGCACGGUCCUGAACGCCAACGAAUUGAAGAAGCUGCUAAACUGGAAGGCAUUACCUUCGAGGAGGCAAUCCAGCGUCGCAAAGGCUUCCGUUAUCUGUACUAGGUGUAUUGUCGCAGUACUACAUAGUACUUACAUGUAUGUAGCCAUACUGAGGCUUAUAAGUUGUCCUCAGCACUACGAUGUGAUGUUUCGA